GGGAGUCUAGAGGCAGUUUGCUACCUCUGAAUGGCAGGUGGGCAGAUGGGCCGGAGAAGACAGUUAAACAUGGCCGAUAUAGACAGCCUUUCCCAAGCAUGAAAGUCUGCUCAUUCUGUGGGUUAGGUUGGUCCCUGAAAGGACUGAGGCUUAGAGGCCAGAUCUUCCAGCUCCCCAAAUUGGCCCUUCGGGGAGCUGCCUGGUCUGUAGUACAGGAAGGGGAAGGGGCCAAAGAAGGCGUGGCAGGAAGGAGGGAACUGUGGUCAGGGAACUGUUCGUGGGUACAGCUGUGCAGCUCUGUCUUAGCGCGUGAUCACCAGCCCCCAGCGCUGCAGCCCCCGCCCAGGAUGAUCCCAGCGGUGAUCUUGUUCUUGCUCCUUUUGGUGGAAGAAGCAGCUGCCCUAGGAGAGCCGCAGCUCUGCUAUAUCCUGGAUGCCAUCCUGUUUUUGUAUGGUAUUGUCCUUACCCUGCUCUACUGUCGACUCAAGAUCCAGGUCCGAAAGGCAGACAUAGCCAGCCGUGAGGUAUGGAGUCUCCCACAUCUGCACACCAAUGUUUCUUUUCAAGCUCUCAACCUUCCCAGGGCAUUAGCCUGGGGUCUGAUGCCUCAGGGAAGUCUCGUGUCUUAGGUGUUAAUCUGCACCCUGCCCCUUGCCUCAGGAUGGGUAACAACCUGCAGCUGAGCUGCAAAUAAAAUAUCCAGACAGGAAAUAAUCAAGUACAGGCGUGUGGGUUUCCCGCCUUUGUGGACUGUUAGCUAAUUUGGUCCACGAAGGCAAAGGGAGCAGAUAUGUUGUUGGAAGCCCUGUGAGUAUUGAAUGACCACACUGGUACCCACUGUCAGUAGGCAGAUCAACUUUAUUUAGGGUGAUUCAAGGCUUAUACAGCUUUGGGGGACUGAGAGCAGGGACGUCCAGGAUGGACAAAGUCAUUGGCUGGGGGCUUAGGCAUACGCAUGGGGAAGCAUUUCAGGAAUCUCAGGUUCUGGCUGAACAAGUUUUGUCAGGAGAAAGGAAAUUGGUCCUAUAGUGUAACUGAGGCUAUGUGACAUUCCUCAGAUAGAGGCGCGUGUGUGUUUGUGUGUGUGUGUAUGUGUGUGUGUAUGUGUGUGUGUGUGUGUGUGUGUGUGUGUGUUCAUGUGCUAACCUUGCCAACAAAGGGAGUCUCCCAUAUUGCACUGAGCCCAGAGCUUAUAUCCCAUCAUGGUGGACUUCUACCUUAAUUAGCAGUUUUCCCACAGAGGUGACAAUUAGUAUCCGAGAGAGUUGCAUAUGGCACUGAAGUGCAUUUAUAGUCAUAUCGUAGGUAAAUGAACAAUGAUGUGAGUGCUCCCAGCUUAAGGAGCUAACGUUGAUCUUGACCCAGAUACUCCCUGGGUGGGAAGGACAAUGGUGAGGGCCUUGAAGAAGGUGGGUCUCUAAUACCUUGCUCCCUCCAUCUCUGCAGAAAUCAGAUGCUGUCUACACGGUGAGUGAACCUCAUUUUAUUCCUACCUUAGGGAAAAAGAGGCUGGGGUUGGGAGUGAUUUUGGUAGGAAUGGAGUCUGAGGUGGAAGGGGGCCCAUGAUGAGCUCAUCGUCCUGAUCAUCCUUCAACUCUCCUGCAGGGCCUGAACACCCGGAACCAGGAGACAUAUGAGACUCUGAAACAUGAGAAACCACCCCAAUAGCUUUACAACACGUGUUCUCAGCUGCAUUCCUUUUCCGCUUUUAAUUCUCUCCUCGCCCUCAUGAUUGACGUGGCUGUGCUACCUCCGUGCUUCUGGAACUAGCUGACCUUAUUCCCAGAACCAUGCUAGGCUCUAAAUCAAUGUCCCCAUAUCCACCAAAGACUUACUCACUGACAUUUCUCUUCUCCCAUCCUCCUUUGCUUCAUUCCUCUUUCCUUCCCUGAUCCUCUGUGCUCACUAAACAAUGGGAAGGGAUUACCCCCCAAUAAAGCUGCCAGAGAUCACGCUCAA